UCUCUCUCUCUCUCUCUUUCUCCACGUUUCUUGUCCUCUCUCUGCCUCUCUGAUUUCUGUCGCUCUUUCUGGAUCACUCCUUCUUCAUAACUGAAAGUUCUGGAGAGUGAAGAAGGCAACAGGAGGAGUGUUUAAGAGUCUGUGACAAACCAGGAGAGGACCAGAAGAACAACUGUUUAAUAAAAGAGGAGUUCUGAAAAGAAACUAAGUGCAAAUCAGACCAGAAUGGCUUCGCUGUGUUAUAACAGAGGCUGUGGCGAAAGGUUUGAUGAGGAUAAGAACUCGGAUGAUGCCUGUUGUUUUCACCCUGGAGUGCCUAUCUUCCACGAUGCCCUGAAGGGCUGGUCCUGCUGUAAGAAGAGAACGACCGACUUCUCAGAGUUUCUCUCAAUCAAGGGUUGUUCCUGUGGACGCCACAGUAAUGUGAAGCCUGAAGAACCGCUGAAGCCAGAGUUUAAGUCUGAAAAAGGAGAGCAGAAGCCCAACAACAGCAAGGAGAUCAUCUACCAGGGCCCUAAAUCUGCUGAGGCUCUGGAGAAAGAGAGACCCAGCUCUGAUGAGCCGAUGUCCAAGCUGAAAGUGAAGGUGUCGCCUUCUCUGGCUCAGAUCCUGGAGAAAAUGGAGAACAGUGAGAGGGAGAAGCAGGAGAAGCUCGAGAGCCGAGGUGUCAUCGUGGGGACAAAAUGCAAAAACUCAGGAUGCAAAACAAUUUACCAGGGUCCAGAGACAGAUGCUGAGGUUUGCACAUAUCACCCUGGAGCACCAGUCUUUCAUGAGGGAUACAAAUACUGGAGCUGCUGCUGCAUAAAGACCAUCGACUUUAACGCUUUCCUGGAUCAAAAGGGCUGUACUACAGGCAAACACUGCUGGGUCCAGAAACAGGAUAAGAAGAAGGUGGCAUGUCGACAUGACUGGCACCAGACGGGCAACCAGGUGGUGGUCACCAUCUAUGCCAAGAACGCCAACCCUGAGCAGUCCUAUGUGGAGGCCAACCGCACAGUGCUGACGUGUCAUAUUCAGUUUGAGAACAACAAGGAGUUUCACAAGGACUUCCAUCUGUGGGGGGUAGUUGAUGUGAAGAGCAGCUUGGUGAACAUGGUGCCUUCUAAAGUAGAAGUGACCUUAAAGAAGGCCGACGCUGUAGCGUGGGGUAAACUGGAGGACUCCAAACACAAACCUGAACCUGAGGUCACAGAAGACAGCACCACAGAGCAGGAGACGAAAGCAGAUGAAAAACCGGAUUGGUACAUCUCAGAUGAUGACAUCAGUGAGUCAGACUGGGAGGAGGAGGACGACAAUAAUGACGAUAAGAAAGGGGAAGAGCAGGAUGUGGACGGUCCCCCCUUGCUGGAGGAACCCAAAGCUGUACCUCCAAAGCAAUAGAGGCCGAUUAAUAUUCACAUAGGGAUUGUUUUUAUACAGUGUGACAGUAGGGGUUGGAUGGGCAUGAUGGUGUAUUGUGAAAAGUUAGUUUGAAUUAAUUACAUGGUUAUCAUUGCAAUAUAAUGAUCCAAAUAAUGAUUUAAACAAAUUAUUCUCAGGUACUGCACAUUUCUGCAUUUUUUUUAAAAGAUGAUGGUCACCAAAAAUACCAUAACUGUACAUUUUUUAAAUUUUCCGAGCCACCCAGGAGUUGGUUAUGGUUCCUAUAACAGCACGUUCUGAAGUGGUUUAUUCCUCAUAUACCAGAGCAAUUUGCCAACUAUUACAAUUAUUAUUUCUUAAUGGACGUUGUCAUGUAUUUUAUCCCGAUACUUGCAUUUAAAAUUCUUGAAUGCCAAAGAGGCAAGUUACUUCCUGUUUUCACUUACAUUGUAACAAUUAUAAACAGUCGUUCCAUCA